UGGAAUCUGGUUCGGACCUCAGAUUAUUUGUUAAUUUUAUCGGAAUUUAGGGAGAAAUAAGUAAGACCGGAUAGCUGAAGCGUUCGUUCAUUAAUGGUCCUUUGAAAACUUUAAGUUAAAACUCUCUUAAGACUAGUAGAAUGCCGGAGACAAGUGCAUUAAGUCGAGCCGGCGGCCCUAUUACAGAAAAUGAUGCUGAACAAGAGUCAGACUCCGAGCCAGGUGGGUUCGCACUAAGCGUGGACCUAAGCGCCUGCAUGGGCCCCCAAGCACGAUGCCGCGUGUGGGUGCGCCGACGUGCCCGCAAAGUGCGGUGGCUGGCGAGCCGCGUGCGACGUGUAGCUAAGAUCAAAGGGCCGUUGCUGUUAUUGGCCGGGGAUCAUUUGCUGCCACCCAGCGAGCCAAUUAAGGUGCUGCGUCAUGAUGAUAUAGUGCGGGUCGCGCGAGUGGAACACAAAUGGCAGCAUGCUUUCAGCAUUGAAGACUCUGACGAAGAUUCACCAAUGUUAACCCAACCUCCAAUCCAACCCCAGUCAGUCAUACAAAAUGGUUUCACAACCUCCACCAAGCAAAACAGGCCCAAGAAAUCUACAACUGAACAACAGGAAGCAACAAACAUUAACCAACAGUCUUCAGUUAUGCCAGCACACCCAACCAAACCACUAUCAAUCAUACAAAACAACCCCACAACCCAAACAACCUUUGCCAAGCAAAACAGCCCUAAGAAAACAAAAAUGCCAGAACCUGCCAUAGACCAACAGUCUCCAGUUGCACGUAAACGGAAGUUUACAGUAGGUGAUACACUGCUCUGGUUAAAAAGGGCAGAAGAAAGCAGAACAGAAGCACCACCAAAAACCGAACCAGAAAAACCUCGCCAUUCAAAGUUGUCUAAGCUGAUUGAACAUACUUCAAAAUUAGAAGAAGUUGCUCAGAAGUUUACAGCAAUGGACCAAUCUGUGCCAAUUGACAAUGACGCAUUGAAUCAAGUCAAAAGAAGAGCACUAGCAUUGCUAGAACAAGUGACAGACGAAAAAGAUGCAGAUGUAGUUGACGCGCCUAAGAAGAAACGGCGCCGGGUGCGCCGACGGCGACCAGUUAAGCUUUCCAAUCAAGAAUUUAUUCAAGAUCUUGACUCUGAAUCAGGAACACAAAAUGGAUCACAACUUAACUCAAAUCAUCUUGAUCUAACAAAAGAACAGGAUGUACAAAAUGGAUUCAAGGAAUCUCUAAAGCUAAAUAAUCACGUGGAUCUGACGAAAGAACAAGAAGAUUUAGAAUCUAAAGCUAUGCUGAUUAAAUCCAUUACCUUAAGCCCUGACAAAGACCCGGAUACAACUAAGGAAGACCAAGAUAGUGAAUCUGAUGAUUCUAACACGAACAGAUCCGAAAAACAACCAGCCUCAACCGCUCAGCCAUUACAUUCUGUUCAGUCAUCCAAGGCUUUUCCAACUCCAACCAUGUUGGCUGCGCAGCCCUCUCCAACAUGGACGGUGGAUUUUAUAGACAUGCCACCAGAGACUCAAAUACCUGUACUAGUCAGGGAUGCAACACCGCGGCCGCCUCGUGUUGUACGCGCGCUUGGCACCGAAACUCGCUGUGAUACUUAUGUAUAAGAGUUUCCAAAAUGAUGUAGCCCUAGGGCAAAUGAAAGUGUUAUAAUAUGACUUGUUAUUUUUAAGUAAUGACCUUAAUUGUUAAAUAU